GAGGAGGAGGAGGAGGAGGAGGAGGAGGAGGAGGAAAAGGCGACUUCGAGCUGGGAAGUAGGAAGCCUGGACACAAGCGUUUCCACGAUUAGUUUCGCCCUGCGUGGCGUCAUUGUUGAACUUGCGUUGUUCUCUUGUAUAGAUUGCGGCGAUUUGGACGACUCCCUUGGUGUAUCCAUUGUUGAGUACCGUAUCACCUUCAUAGUUGUUAUCACUGGUUUUUAG